GGGGGCACAAUCGAUCUUCAGGUCGCAGUGCUUUACCCCAAAAAUAAUAAGAAUUGAAAUUUAAAAACUAUUAUGAAAUUAUGCGAAUGCUGACCAGCUGCCCACUAGGAGGUGCUGAGUCAUAGAAGCACAAUUAACAAACUAUUUAAUAGAUUUGCACAAAAAAAAAACUAGUUUAAAGGUAGUUUAGACACUGCUUGGAUAUUACACAGUCUAUUUGGAUCUCUUCAAGUAACUACUACUAGAUAUUGACUUUGGAAGGCGAUGUGCAUGGGAAUCUAUACAUUUUACACUGCAGUUUGCCUUUGAGGAGCUUUUCUUACACAUUUUGGUAAAAUUAUUAAUCCCUUAGAAACGCAGUAUCAUAGUCAGAGGUGGGCACUGUCACAAGGAAGUGGGAAUGUGUUAGUUUUCCUAAUUACUUUCAAAUUAACGAAAUGUUUUCCAUCUAUAAGCAGUGACCAGUAUCGCCUCCUCUAGUCGACGUCUUAAAUAUUUGUGCUCUAUAAUGUGGUCCAGUUCUGUAUUCAAGGCAAAUAAAUCUUAAAACCGAGCGACCGACGGGGUUCCGUAAUCAAAUUGCCCUUGGGUAACAAAGUCAGCAUUGAAACCUGGGAGAAUAUGAACACGAGCCCUUAGUAGAAGACGACGGAUUCGAUAUCCCAAAACGUGACUAUGACGAGGUACGAAUGGCUGCUGAAAAACUAUAAAGCUGUUAGAGCUCACGGCCUACUAUCUGAGCUAGCAGCUUACCUAGACGAGAUUAAAAUGUAACUCAUACGCCCUGUACUUACUUUCAAUUUCAACUUUUCCGUAAAUAAAUGGUACAUCCAAUAUGGAUCCACCAUUUUGAAUUUUUUUAAUUUGAUUUCAGAUUCAUAAUCAGCGACUUUAAAAAACCCCAACUGUAAAGUUUUAAACGAAUCCAAUCGAUUUUGCUUUUUUUUAUCCGCCAUAUUGGGUCCGCCAUUUCGAAUGUUUCCAAUCUUAUUUCUGGUUCGUAAUCAGCGACCCAUAUGCCCCCCGAGUAACGAUUCUAAGUGAAUCCGACAAAUUCUAUAAAAAUCUUCCGCCAUGUUGGAUCCGCCAUUUUGAAUAUCGAAAUUAUGAUGCCACAUUCGUGAUCAGCGACCCUAAAGGGAUUGGAAUCCGUCUUGAUCAAAUAACUCAGAACUAUUUUAACAAACUUAAUGACAAAUUUAUUUACGCUUUUAUGGACAUGGCGUCUUCUAGGGGUCGCAGCAUUUACGUAAUACUGAAUUUUCAUUUCUGCCACGGUUUGUUUGAUGCAUCAAAUAAAUUCGCUAGUCUUUUGGCAUGAUUUACGUUAAUUUUUAUCUCAUAGAAUUUUGAACAGCGCUUUGGUCCGUUUGACAUGGAACGUCCCAUAUAUAUGCGAAUAAGUGAAUACAGCACUGCGGACAAAUAUGCUAAUUUACCAAACUUUGCUUUGUCACGGCAGGUCUUACCUUCGCUUGCAUAAAUGUCAAUGACGAGGUAAUGAUAAGUUCUCCGCAAGGGUUCCCGACUUGCCGUAUACUAAAUACAUUUUACAAUAGAUAUAAGGCAUAGCUCUAAUUUUAGUAUAAAAACUGAACUGUUUUCGUUAUCAGGUAGUUACUACCACGCCACGCAAUGUGUCAACACAAAAUAAUUGGUCUACUGCUUGUCCAAGUCGCCCUCCUCGCAGUGGUUCGCGGUCGCACUAUUACAAAGGACGAGGAUGAAGUCAUCUAUCCGCCGCAAUCAAAUCCUCGCAUAGUGGGCGGUGAAGCGGCGCCUGAGGGAUUCGCACCAUACCAAAUUUCCAUGCAGAACCUUAAGGGUCGUCACUUCUGUGGUGGUGCUAUUAUCGACCAGCGUUGGAUCAUCACUGCCUCACAUUGUGUUUCAGGAGCAUCAGCUACAAAAUUACAAAUUUUCACAGGUGCACAAAAUCUUAAAAACAACACUGGCAAAUAUUACUAUCCCGAUCGCAUUGUGAUGCACACGAGCUACAAUCAUCCACCAUACGCCAACGAUAUUGCACUGUUGCAUUUGAAUGACACGAUCGUGUUUGAUGAACACACCCAGGCGGUAAAGUACGGUUAUGAGUCAUUGAAAAAAGAUGACGAACUCGUGCUCACCGGUUGGGGUACAAUGGCGUUGGGUGGGUCCAUACCGGAUAUUUUGCAGACGCUGACUGUACGUGUGGUGCCAUAUGACGAAUGCCGCAAGUCACAUCCAGACAAUCUAUCCAACUAUGUUGAUGUAGGACAUCUGUGUACUUUCAAUGAUAACGGUAAAGGCGCUUGUCAUGGCGAUUCAGGCGGUCCUUUGGUGCACAAUGGCACCUUGGUGGCGUUAGUCAAUUGGGGAUUGCCCUGUGCGAAGGGAUACCCAGAUGUGCAUGCAAGUGUGGCAUACUAUCAUGAUUUUAUACGCACACAUUUGAGUGCCACAACAGAGGCGACGGAGUGAAAAGUUGAUAUGUAAUUGAGAGGUGCAGUUAUAAAAAUAACUGCUGUAUAUAAAUAAAUAAAAAAAAACUAAUAUUAUUGCAGAUAAAUAAA